AUGUCUAACCGAACCAUUUGCGAUGUCGACACGCCGGACCCUUGGAUUGUGGCCGGCAAUGGCAAAUUCUACUUCACCUUUACCCUGGACAACCGCGUCGAAAUAUGGUGCUCUAAUACCCUCGAGAACUUUCACCACUGCCACAAGAGUGUCGUUUGGCAGCCGGCGCCGGGGACUCCAUGGUCAGUCAACAUUUGGGCACCAGAACUGCACUACCUCAAGGGCCGGUGGUAUAUCUACACCUGUGGCGCGCCGCCCGGGGUCGGGAACCCGGGCCAUCGGACUACGGUCCUCCGAUCGUCGUCCCAGGAUCCGAUGGACGCCUCCGCAUGGGAGUUUCUAGGUCCGCUGAAGGGUAUGCCGGACCACUGGUCCAUCGACGCCACAGUCUUUAGUCCCAAUGGACACGAUUUAUACUGCUGCUGGUCCGGAUGGCCUCUUGGAGAUCAUUCUGACACGCAGCAAGACCUGUUCUUGAUUAAGCUUCGUGUCCCGGAAGAAGCCAUUACCGACACACUCCUUUGUAUUUCGAGGGCUGAGCUCUCAUGGGAACGUCCUGAUGAGGGCCGCCGGGGCGUUAACGAGGGCCCGACAUGGGUUGAUAUUCCUGGUGUCUUCAGAGGCAUUGUGUACUCUGCCGACGGAAGCUGGACUAGCGACUACAAGCUCGGCCUGCUGCCGCUCGUAGGACAGAACCCUCUAGAUCCAGGCGCAUGGGCGAAGCGAUCGACACCGCUUAUGACCACAUAA